GUGAAGCUGAGAGACAGACUGAGUGAGCGCGCUGCCUGCAGACCAAAAGUUUGAUUUAAAGUCAGCUUCUUCAUCACUCUGAAGAGGAGAUCUCAACACUUCAGGAGGACCAGGAGACCUGGAGAUGGCUUCAAAACCAAGAAGAAGAUGGAGCAAAGAACUGCCUCCAGAUCUGUCUGAAUUAAUGGGCCAACUUAAAAAUCAUUCAGCGUCAUUCAUCAGAGAGUUUGACAACAAUGAAGACAGGAUGAGACAGAUUAAAGGAGAGUUAGAAGAGACCACUGCUGAAGUCAGAAAGAUGCAGAAGAGAUUAGCAGCAAGAAUAAGAGCCAUUAUUCUGGCAGGGUUAGUAGUAGCAGCAGCACUAGCAGUAACAGUAGCAGUAACAGUAGCUGAUGGAGGAGCAAGGAAAGCAUCCACAUCUCUUACAGCAACACCAAUAGCUACAUGGGCAGAAAAACCAGAAGCAGCCCUGAUUCCUGCAGCAGCAGAAAGACAAGUAGGAGUUCUAGCAGAAGGAGCAGUAGGAAUAGUACCAGUGAUUCUUGUAGUAGCAGCAGCAGUAGCAUUAGUAGCUGUUAUUGGAGGUGUUGUUGAUGCAAAUGCAAGACAAUCAAUACAUGAGAACAGAAGUAUAAAGAAAGUAGAGGAGCUGGGGAAAGAGUUCAUGGAGAUGGUUGAUCCGCUGAAGAAGGACCUGGAAGAAAUAAAGAGGAUGUGUGAGAAGUUGGAGCAAAGAUCAGCUGAACUUCAGGCUGGAAUCACUCUGAGAGACAUGGAGGAGUUACAGAGGAGUCUGAGACGAGUUUCUGAAGAUAGAAGAGAAAUCAUCCAUUUGGCUGAUCUGUGUAGCAGGGUGGUUGAUGACUGUGAAAAGAUGAAGGAAGAACUGAAAGACUUCAAGUGAUAUUAAUAAGCGUUGUGAUUUACACAUUUACAGCGUCGGCUAUGU